AUGGAGCCCAUCCCCGGCAGCGAGGCCGGCAUUGACCCCCUCCCGGUCACGGCUACUGAAGCAUCUGUGCCGGACGGCGAGGCUGACGGGCAGCAGUCCUCUCCUCAGGCCGACGAACCGCCGCUCCCGCCGCCGCCACCGUCGCCGGGGGAGCUCGCCCGCAGCCUGGAGGCGGCGGGGCUGGAGCUGGAGCCUGAGGAGAAGCUGCCCGCUCGAGUAGUGGAGCCGGCGGCAGCCGUGCCUCAGGAAGGGCCCAGCUUACCACCUUCUCCUGCACCGCCGCCGGAGGAGCCCCCGGCUCCCGAGGAGCGCCAGGAACCGCCGCUGCCCCAGCCAGCAGCUCCGGCUCUCAUGCCGCCGGCAGGCGGGGACUCCGCGGUGUCGCAGCUGAUCCCCGGCUCGGAGGUGCGGGUCACGCUGGACCACAUCAUUGAGGACGCGCUCGUCGUGUCGUUCCGCCUCGGGGAGAAGCUCUUCUCCGGGGUCCUCAUGGAUUUGUCCAAAAGAUAUGAUGUGCAGAGACUCCCAUUCAUAGCUCUCCAUUCUGUUUCCUGCAACAGCACACACUCUGAUGUAUUUCCCAAAAGGGAAUAUAAGGAUAAACCCGAAGCCAUGCAGCUCCAAAGUAAUACAUUCCAAGAAGGGACAGAAGUCAAGCGUGAAGUGAAUGGUGCUGUUCCCAACGACACUUCUCCUGUCCCGCCUCCUGAGCUCAGCUUGGCCGAAAGCCUGUGGACUUCCAAACCACCACCUCUCUUCCAUGAAGGAGCACCUUAUCCUCCCCCUUUGUUUAUCAGGGACACAUAUAAUCAAUCAAUACCUCAGCCGCCUCCCCGGAAAAUUAAGCGACCCAAACGAAAAAUGUACAGGGAAGAACCUACUUCAAUAAUGAAUGCUAUUAAACUACGACCCAGGCAAGUUUUGUGUGACAAGUGUAAAAACAGUGUUGUUGCUGACAAAAAAGAAAUUAGAAAAGGUGGUAGGGCAAGUGACUCUUCUAAAUAUGAAGAUAAAAAACGGAGAAAUGAAAGUGUAACUACUGUGAACAAAAAACUGAAAACGGACCAUAAGAUGGAUGGGAGAAACCAAAAUGAAAGCCAGAAAAGAAAUGCUGUGGUUAAGGUUUCAAAUAUUACUCACAGCAGAGGCAGAGUAGUCAAAGUUUCUGCUCAGGCAAAUACAUCAAAAGCUCAGUUGAAUACUAAAAAAGUGCUCCAGAAUAAAAACAUGGAUCAUGCAAAAGCUCGGGAAGUGCUGAAAAUUGCCAAAGAAAAGGCACAGAAGAAGCAGAGUGAAACCUCUACAUCCAGAAGUGCGCAUUCAAAGGUCCAUUUCACAUGUCGAUACCAGAACCCUAGCUCAGGCUCUCUUCCACCCCGGGAUAGUUUAAAGCCCCAAAGAUACAGGAAUGAAGAAAAUGACUCUUCUCUGAAGACUGGGCUGGAGAAAAUGCGAAGCAGCAAGAUGGCACCCAAGCCCCAGUCCCGUUGCACCUCUACCUGCUCAGCAGGUGAGGCCCCUUCAGAAAGUCAGAGUCCCUCCAAAGGCCCUGAAGAGGCCAGCAGUGGGGUUCAGGACACAACUGCAGUGCUUGUGCCUGGUGAGCAGGAGGAACCGCAGACCCUGGACAGAAAGGGCAGCAAAAGCAGUAUCUCUGUUUACAUGACCCUAAAUCAAAAGAAAUCUGACUCUUCCAGUGCUUCAGUGUGUAGCAUUGAUAGCACAGAUGAUUUGAAAUCCUCCAACUCUGAGUGUAGUUCUUCUGAAAGUUUUGAUUUUCCUCCAGGCUGUAUGCAUGCACCUUCCACCUUCACUUCCUCCUCUUCAAAGGAAGAGAAAAAGCUCAGUAAUUCCUUGAAAAUGAAAGUCUUUUCCAAAAACGUCUUUAAGUGCGUCACACCAGAUGGCAGGACCAUAUGUGUAGGGGACAUUGUCUGGGCCAAGAUACAUGGCUUCCCCUGGUGGCCAGCCCGUAUUCUUACCAUAACUGUGAGCCGGAAAGAUAGCGGUCUUUUAGUCUGA